CGGAGGUGCGUUCGAUGAUCCCGAAGUGGAAGAAGUCCAAGUGUAUGCUGCAGAUGGACGGGUGGUCCGAUCGCCAGAACAAGCCCCAUCUGAAUGUCAUGGUGUCCUCGCCAGUCGGUACGGUCUUCUGGAAGUCAGUGUGCAUGGAGGGCAAGGAGAAGGACGCUGAAGCUUACUUCCGUGUCUUGGAUGGGGUCAUCAAAGAGAUCGGAGCGGACGCAGUCGUUGGUGWCAYCAUGGACAACGCAAGGGUGUGCGUCAMGSCARGGAAGAUGGUGGAGGCCGCCUAUCCGAACAUCUUUCGCGUCGGAUGCACUGCGCAUGCGCUCGAUCUUGCGCUGGAGGACAUGUAUAAGCACAUGCCUUGGAUGGCGGAGGUGGUUGAUGCCGGGAACAAGGUCGGCAAGUUUUUCACGAAUGUGGACAAGGCGAGGGCCAUGUUCCACAACUACUCACCGAAGACGAAGUUGAAGCGCCCUGCGGCAACCAGAUUUGCCACCAACUUCACGAUGCUCGGGUCUUUGAAGGAACUGAAGAAUGCACUGGAUCGCUGCGUUUGCGAUGUGGGAUGGGUGGAGAAGAUGGUACGGGCAGAGCAGUUAGUGGCGUUCAACGAGGUGACGGCCAUCAUUCUAGACAAGGGCGAGUUUUGGAGCAACGUCAACAAGGCGAUCGAUGUGAUGCAGCCCGUAGUGGAGCUGCUUCGGCUGGUCGAUGGACAAGGACCGACCAUUUCGAAGGUGUACUUCAAAAUGGAUCGGGUUGUUCAACGCGUGCGUGCCCUGGAGUGCCUUUCAAGUGACGAGCAUGAGGAGGUGCAGCGGAUCCUCAUGGACCGCUGGUCAUUCAUGACCAGCGAGCUGCAUUGCGCUGCACCCUUCCUGGAUCCUGAGCACCGAAUGCAGAACGCGCAGCGCGACCCGGAGGUUCGCGCAGGAUUCAACAUCUGGCUAUACUUCUGGAUGCCACGAGAUAAGCGCAAGGAAGUGAGCUUCCAGGUUGACCAAUGGGUCAACGCUUUAGGAGGGUUCUCCGCAGAGAAGGCGCGCGAGCAAGCCAGCCAGCAGCCACCAGCUUUGUGCUGGAAUGUCCACCUUCUGAAGAGCAUUCGGUGCGUCGGGGGGGAUGAAAUCCACAUCCCAUGGGCGGAUGACUUCCCGGUGGACAAGGAGAUGGAGCACUGGUACGCAGAUUGGCUGAAGCGUGUCCACGGAGAGGUGGAAGAAGAAGAGGUGGUUGUGGCGGACGUCGAAGACGAGGAAGAUGACUUUCCACUGCGGCGCACCUUCCAGCGCAAGGACGAGGUUGACGAGAGGCUGUGUGAGGAGGAGGACUCUGUUCUCGUCGGUACAAGGGAGCGCGAUUGGCACGAGUGCACGAAGCCCGGGAAAUACCGUGAGCGUGAGUUGCGCAGGAGAUCAGGCAACGAGCUGCCCGUGCCUGAGUUGUAUACGGAGGAGGGCUACGCUCUUGCGUUGGCAGCUCGACGAGCGGGCACAUGGGCAGAACGCAGGGCACGAAAGGCGGAAGAGAAGGCCGGCAAGGCAGCAGCUGACGCUGCCGCAGCAAAAGCUGCUGCGGCCAAAGUCGUUGCAGCCAAAGCGCGAGCGUCGGCGAAAGCCGCCGCGAAGAACGCUGCCGCUGGGAAAACGAAGAGAGCCGCCAUCAUAAAUGAUGACGACGAUGAAAAUAUCCCAGAAGACAUCCGAGGAGACGAAGAGCUCGAAGGCUCAAAAUCGACUUCUUCCAGCUCAAGUGACACAUCUGAUUCCUGUGGGGGGGAGGGAACGGAGGAGAGUGACGAGGAAGAAGGCGGUGAGGGUGAGGCGCAGCCGGAGGAGAGCGAGGAGGAAGAAGGGGAACAGGCGGCGUAGGGUGCACCCACUGUGCUGUUUUGGCAGACAAACUCCAGUUACUAAGCAAUUCGAAUGUUGAACUUGUGGAUCUUUUUUAUAUAAACUUUUUGUCAAGUUUUCUGUUGUCUUUCUCAUUCUUUGCUGUGUGUGGUGCAUCAUCGAUUGUUCAUAGUUUGUUUUCUGUGUUUUUGUGAURCCAUACCGCCGCUCGAUUGCAUGGAUGCAAUGAAUGCCUGCUGCCGUG